AUGAGGGGGCAGAGGCCAGCUGUCCUCCCUCAAGGAGCUGGCCUGCUUGUUGCAUCUUCCACUCCUGUUCUGAAAGUCUCUCCUUUCCUGAGCAGGAAGUCUCGUCAGGAGGGAGGGUGUGUGAUAAAGUGCAGAAGACCAGUGCAGAGGAGGAUGACAUGCCCCAGUCCUCAGGAGAUCAGCCGGGCUCUUCAAAGUCCUCCGGCUCACUCUUCUUUUCGCUCUGCCAGCCUGGAUGAACUCAUCCUCCGCUGCCUCCAUUGCUUCGACUCAGAUGGGAAGCUGAUCAGAGGGACGCAGCUUGUCCAUAUGACCCUGAUGAUGCAUAACUGGGUUGUGUCAUCACACAUCUUCGCCCAAAAGCUGCUUUCCCUAUAUAAGGAUUGUCCUGCAGAGAAAAGGGGACAGAGGCGACCACAAAUCUGCCACUUCAUCAGGCAGUGGAUUAAUCAGUUCCGAAUAAUGUUUGAGGUGGACCCUCUGUUAGAAGAAGGGAUGGGAGAUCUCUGGGCUCUGGUGAGGGUUGAGGGAAGCGAUUCACACUGUCAGCUCUUCAAUACACCAUACAUUAAUCCUCCAGUGAAUGUUUCCCAGACUCCCUCUCCCUCUGUGAAGAAAAGGAAAGUUUCACUGCUGUUUGACCACAUGGAACCAGAUGAGAUGGCUGAACACCUCAGCUACUUGGAGUUCAAAAACUUCUGCAACGUCUCAUUUCUGGACUACCGCAGUUACGUGGUCCAUGGCUCAGUGAGGGAUAAUCCAGCGCUCGAGCGCUCUGUCAUGCUCUGCAACGGAGUCUCCCAGUGGGUCCAGCUCAUGAUCCUCAACAAACACACCUCACAGCAGCGAGCAGAGGUCUUCACCAAGUUCAUUCAUGUAGCACAGUUUCUGGACUACCGCAGUUACGUGGUCCAUGGCUCAGUGAGGGAUAAUCCAGCGCUCGAGCGCUCUGUCAUGCUCUGCAACGGAGUCUCCCAGUGGGUCCAGCUCAUGAUCCUCAACAAACACACCUCACAGCAGCGAGCAGAGGUCUUCACCAAGUUCAUUCAUGUAGCACAGACACUGACCAAAAACUUCUGCAACGUCUCAUUUCUGGACUACCGCAGUUACGUGGUCCAUGGCUCAGUGAGGGAUAAUCCAGCGCUCGAGCGCUCUGUCAUGCUCUGCAACGGAGUCUCCCAGUGGGUCCAGCUCAUGAUCCUCAACAAACACACCUCACAGCAGCGAGCAGAGGUCUUCACCAAGUUCAUUCAUGUAGCACAGACUCUCAGCGAGCUCACCGAGCUCCUGUCGUCCUACAGCAACUAUUCAAACUACAGGCGCUUGUACAACGAAUGCACUGGAUUCAAGGUGCCCAUCUUGGGUGUUCAUCUCAAAGACCUGAUCUCCCUCAACGAGGCACUGCCAGACUACCUUGAGGACGAUAAGAUCAACCUGGGGAAACUGCAGCAUUUAUACAGCAACAUUAGCGACUUGUUGGCCAUCCAUGAGUGCACCCCACCGUUUGAGGCCAACAAAGACCUGCUGCACCUGCUAACGCUCUCGCUAGACUUGUGUUACACAGAGGACGAGAUAUAUGAGCUCUCCUACACCAAGGAGCCCAAGAACCCCAAAAUUCAGCCCGUAGCUCCGGUAAAGCCCCCAGUGGUAGCAGAGUGGGGAUCGGGAGUGACUCCGCGUCUGGAUCCCGCCACCAUCUCGAAACACGUUAAACAGAUGGUGGAUUCUAUCAUGAAGAAUUAUGAUUUGAACAUGGACGGCUACAUUUCUCUGGAGGACUUUGAGAAGAUCGCUGCAAAUUUCCCUUUCUCUUUCUGCACACACGAGAGCGAGAGGGAAGGAGAGAUCAGUAGAGCGGAAAUCACUUCAUAUUUCAUGCGUGGGAUGUCAGUGUGUGCUAAGCUCGGCUUCAACCUCCACAACCUCCACAACUUCCAUGAGACCACGUACAAAAGGCCCACAUUCUGCGACACCUGUGGAGGAUUUUUAUGGGGAGUCAUAAAGCAGGGCUACCACUGCAAAGACUGCGGAGUAAACUGUCAUAAGCACUGUAAGGAUGUGGUGGGAAUGGAGUGUAUUAAGAGGUUCCAGGUGACCAGUAGCUCUUGUCCCUGCACCCCGGGCCCCGUAUCAGGCCUCCACACUAAGGGUAACAGCUGGAGUUCUGAAGAGGAAGCAUUUGUCUUUCCUAAUGGAAAUGGAUCUGAACACACCAAGGGCCAAACUUCAUCAGACAGCGACGCAGAGGCGGCCACACUAUCCGACAGGUCCACUCAGACGGACCCAGUAGAUUGGACACCGGUGGCCAAACAGAAAGAUCGUCUUCCUUCCCAGAAACAACAUCCACCCCUUGAAAAGAGCGCUACGCUACCAGCAAGGGUGCGAGGUUCAUCUGCCCCUAGUUCUCUCCUACAGGAGAAAAUGGAUGAACUGAAGCUGAACAAAGAUAAACGAAAGGAACCAGACUGAACUAGUCUGUGCAUGUGGCCCUUUGUUUGUGUGGGGUGGAACUGUUAAAUACACUGGACAGAAAAGACUGAAGAACGUGUCCUCGUCUUUCUGGCCAACUGUCUUGUUCUAUUGUCUUCAACAGAUUGUUCAUGACGUUCAUUAAAUGUGAUGAAAUUCUACCCAGAAGGGAUUUUAUUUAAGGAAUUACUGCUCCCACAGGGCUCUUUAAAACCCUGUCGGUGGAUCCGUACGGUAAGAACUCUCUAUGCACCAGCGUCAACUGCCAGUGAGGACCAGAUCAAUGGACUUCACAUCUCCACAAGCACUCAAAGGUGGACUGCUACAUCAUCAAUCUCACUACCACUCAUCUUUAUAUGAGACAGACGGACUGCCUUACCUUUGUCACGAAGAGCGCGGUUCAGUUCAAUUAAUACAAAACUGUUGCCUUAAUAUUCACACUGAUGGAAAAUAUACACUGUGAACAACUGUAUUGAACUCGAACAGCAAGAAUGUACCUCCUCUGUUAAGGGACGUGAUUUCGGUGCUGAUAUAAUACCCACAAUGCAUCACUGUGCCUUAUGUAAUGAACAAUUCAUUGAGUAGGAGACAAAGGGUAUUAUAUCACUGUUUAUUUCAGACAAUAGUCCUGUCUCAAUUGAAAAAGAUCACAAUCUGCUUUAUUAGUGCUCUUGUCCAUUCGGUGUAUUAGAGCAGGAGCAUUAAUGAAAAAAAGAGCGGGAGACAUUAAGGGUCGAUUCAAACAAACACUGUGGACCUAUUUUAAACUGUUUUUCUAAUAUGUUUUCUGUUAGAUCUUUUGUCAUCUCCAACUUGAAUGUCUGUUUUUACUAAAUCUUGAGUUUAGGCUAUAGAUUUUUAUUUAUUGAGGAAUGAUAAAGCUUACGUAUUAAGCCAUAAAGCACUGCCUGAUGUGAUUAAAAUAUAAAUUAAAAAGUGAUUGAGAUGCUUCAUUCAUUUCACGAGUCCGGCUAUAUAACAACACUAUUGUACAUCAUGUUUGUAUUUUAAAUCAUCAUCAGAGUCACGGUGGUGUUCUAUAAUUUAAUUCUCAAAGCAAAAAUGGAUUGGACAGGAGAGAACAAAUAACGUCCACAAAGAACAUCAAGAACUAAACAUUUCAGAGAAAAAUGCAGUACUUUCACAGCCAGGAUGAUCAUCGACUCUUAAAAUCAGCUAGCAUUUUGGAUUAUCAGGAAGAAUUAAACUCAACACAACAUUCUUCAUAUUCUCAUCUUGUGUGGUUGCGAUGGCGACGAGUAUAUCAAACUCUAAACUACAAUUUAAACAGAAAACAUGCUUUUUACGGUCACGUCUUAACGUAUUAAAUUAAGGCUCACGAUAGUUGAUAUGAAAAGCAUCUACAUUCCAAAUUAAAUGGAAUUUAGGCAAAACAAAACUUGUUUUUGGCAAAAAAAAAAACAAUCAAGUGUUGAGGAAACCACUUGCAGGCUGUUUGUGGUACUACAACAAGAAGCACCUCGCAAUAAAAAUAUCUUUCACAUAUACUAGGAAUCAGUCAUAUCUCUGCUCUUAUUUCAAUUUCAGGGGUUUGGUGGUACUAACUAGUAUAAUCAUAUCAGUAAAGUUUAUACUGAGUCAUUUAGUUCAAAAUAAUCAUUAACUCAUAACAGUCAGCUUACUAUGUUUUGGAAAAAUGUGCAACUGUAAGUAGAGAAGCGUGGCAUGGUGUGUGUGUGUGUGUGUGUGUGUGUGUGUGAUUACGGAGGUGCUUCCUGCUUAUUGUGAGCCGUGUGAGCUCUGGCUGCCCUGCUGUCCAGAGGAAUUC